AUGGCGCGUGGAUUCGCCAAAGGCUAUCGUGUUUGGUACGAUUGGAAGGCGAAUAUUCGCAAGAAAAUUGCCCAGAAUAAGGCAGAGGUCAGGGUUACGGGCGGGGGUCCUUACUGCCAGCAACCGCUGACAGCCAUGGAGGAGGACGUGGCAAAGCUCUGCGGGCUCUUUGAGAUGGUCGAGGGAGUUGGUGCUGUGGCAUAUGGAGCACCAACCACCAUAAUAGAAGAAGAGGUGGCUAAGGAAAAAGCCGAGGAGAUAGCCACAGAAGAGGAGGAACCGAGCCGCAAGCGUCGCCGCACAGCUGCUGAGGUUGAUUUGCAGAGUCUGUGCGUAGCUCAAGUUGAGGAAAUGAAGUUAAUUAAUUCAACAAUGUCCAAGCAUUUCCAAAAAAUGGAAAGUCUUGCACAAGAAGACUUGCAUUUAAAAAAGGAGCAUUUCCAAAAAAUGGAAACUCUUAGACAAGAAGACUUGAAUUUAAAAAAGGAGCUACUCUUAAAGUUAGAACAAAUUUAA